AUGAUGCGCCUCAUAUUGACUGCGACGGCCAUAAUAACCGGCUCGUCGGUAGUCUAUUUCUACGUCUUCCAUCAACGCUUGGCAUCCACGAUCCAGCACAAGGCCCACAGAGGAACCCUCACAGCCUCAACCAACCCAACAGGAAUAGAGUCAAUUCCUGAUGCGGUUUUCACGGAUCAGUAUUUCACAAUCGCGGAUAGUUCAUCCAAAUCCGUCCUGAGAGCUUGUCUCCCCGAAAAUGAGUCAACAGAGCAGCUGUUCAAAAGACUAGUGCGCCGCAACAUGACGGCAUUCUCCCGCUUCCCGCAGGCUCUCAUGCUGAAGAUGGCCCUCAGGACUCCAGAAGAAAAACACAGUUUCAAAAGGUCUCACAUUUCUUGUCUGGAUUUCAAGGAAGGCGAUCUUGCCUGUGGGAUUUACCGAGUCAAACUUCGCAAAGAGAAUAGAGUCGAGUUUGAGAUGCAAAUGAAGACAAUGGAUUUUGUAAAUGGGCGGCUGGCAAUCAGCUGCCAAGAAAAAGAAGAUUCGAUCGUGUUUAGAAGCGAGACGGUUAUGUGGAGGAAAGCAGACGAGUCUCGCAUCAUGCCGUUGGAACGACCGGCCAUAAGAUGGAUGCAUGAGACUGCGAUGAUGUGGUUGAUUGACUCUGGAGCUCGGUAUCUGAUGGAUUUAGAGACCUAA